UCCCACGUGCUUUAAGUUAUUUUUAGGUUAGGUUAAUUCUAUUUUGGAUCUAAUUUGUAUAUAAUUAUGUAAAUAAAUAUUAUUAACGUUUAUCAACGACCAAAAUGUCGCAAAUAAUGAUGAUAAUAGCAGCCGCACACCUUAUUUAUUGUCCAUUCACCAAAGUAGAAGAGAGCUUCAAUUUACAAGCUAUGCACGAUAUUCUGUACCACCAGCUUAAUUUAUCUGCUUACGAUCAUCAUGAGUUUCCUGGUGUGGUCCCACGAACGUUUAUAGGUCCCCUUUUUAUUUCAAUUUUAGUAUCACCGUUUGCAGCGCUCAUUCAAUAUUUUGAACUAAACAAAUUUUGGGCUCAAUACUUAGUUAGGGCAGCGUUGGGUGGAUGCGUAAUAACUUCAUUUCACAAACUAAGUAAAACAUUAGAAAGUAUUUUCGGUGUGAGCUGGUUGCAAUGGUUUAUUGCACUUACAGUGACUCAAAGUCAUUUUAUGUUCUACCUAAGUCGACCUUUACCCAAUAUUUUCGCUUUAGCUUUAGUUUUAUUAGCUAUAAAUGGGUGGUUAAAUAACAACAAUAAAUCAUUCAUUGGUUUCUCUGCAUUUGCGAUAAUCAUAUUUCGAGCCGAGCUAGCUUUACUUUUAGGACUGUUGUUGCUCCACGAUUUGAUCUUUAAACGAAUUACAAUAAAAGAGCUUUUCAUACUUGCAAUUCCGUUUGGCAUUAUUGCCUUGUCCGUUACAGUAGUAAUUGACUCCAUUUUCUGGAAUCGUCCUCUUUGGCCGGAAGGAGAAGUUCUCUGGUUUAAUACUAUAUUAAACCGAAGUUCGGAUUACGGGACCUCGCCAUUUUUGUGGUAUUUUUACUCAGCAAUUCCCAGAGGAUUGGCUGCCUCUGUCUUCUUGGUACCAAUUGGUGCAAUAUUAGACAGCAGAGUGCGAAAACUGAUAAUUCCACCGUUACUCUUUGUGUUCUUAUACUCAUUUUUGCCACACAAAGAACUGAGAUUCAUAAUUUACAUUUUUCCCUUAUUGAACGUUGCGGCGGCAACAGCCUGCCACCGAAUUUGGGAAAACCGAUACAAAUCGCCAUUGCAACAUUUGCUCUCCUUGGGAGUUUGCGGGCAUUUGUUCUUGAAUGUGAUAUUUACAAUAUUUUUAUUAGCUAUUUCAAGCACUAAUUAUCCCGGUGGUGCGGCAAUGUCACACAUUCAUCGCAUUGCAAGAGACGAACCUCAUGUAAUACUUCAUAUCGAUAAUUUAGCUGCACAAAGUGGAGUGUCAAGGUUCACUCAAAUACAUCCUAAUUGGACAUACAGCAAAGUUGAAAAUUUGCAUUCUGGAAGCAUAGAAAGUUACAAAUUCACGCAUCUGAUCGUUGAAGGCAAAAGUAAAUUUUCAAAUAACCUGAUACCGUAUUCCAGAACGCACGACACUAUAGAUGUAGUUGAAGCAUUUCACCACAUAUCUUUCGAUUACUUUACGAUUCCACCUAUAAAGAUAAUAACCAAGCCAGUUCUCUAUAUUCUAAGAAGAAAGGAUAAUUAUCUGGAAUUGAUGAGUAGUUCACAAGAGCUUACGCAAGAUAAUACUGAUGGUGCCAGUGACGAAAUUUCAGAAGAUGAGGAAAUAAAUACGGAAGUAGAAGAGAUUGUUGCUGAUGGUGUCAGUAUGAAGAAGCUAGUAAAAGAACUUAAAGCAGAUGUUAUCGCAGAGGAGAAUUCGGGUAAGAAGUACAACAAUCUAAAGCAAGCUAAAUUGGAGAUAAAACCUCUCGAACCUAUUAAGAGAGUAAAACCAUUAAAAAGUGUAGAAUCCAAUGCCCCAAAAAUCAGCUCAAAAAUAACAUUAAAACCUAAUUUUUCUAACGAAAAAGAUAUUGAAAAAAAAACUAAAUUAGACGUCUCUUUGGAUACGAAAUCAGCUGGCUCAAAAAAGAGUGAUAAUAUUGCAAUAAUAGAACAUGAGAAAAAAGUAACAUUUGAUGAAAAUGUGGACGAUAUGAAGGUAGAUGUCCGAAAAGAAUCAAUUACAGAACUGAAAUCCAAAGGAAAAACGCAAGAUAAGAAGCGGGCAUCAGCAAAUGUACGUGUAACCAGUGAAAAAAGCGAAAAUGAUAAUAAAAAUGCUGAUGAUAGCGCAACUAAACGAAUAAUUAGAGAGAAAACACAAGAAAUCAAAACGAUAGAAUUCAAUGACCCAGAUGUUAAUGUGGUUGAUUCCGUGGCAGCAGAAAUCGAACCACUGGAAAGCUCCAAUGACGUAUUUGGUGUUAAAGAACAAAUUCGGCAAGUGAUACACAAUUUCAAACAGGCAAAGAUGCAAAACCUAACAAAUGAAAUGACUGCUUUAGAAGCAGAGAAAAAAGAGAGCACGAAGGAUGUUAUAAAAAGCAUUAUUAGGGCGGAAAGAGAAAAUCUAGAAAGGGAAGAAUUGGCAAAGAUUCAGGAAGAAAUUUUGAACAUCAUCGAUUCAAAUCGUCACAUCAUAAACAAAAGCUUAAUUAAAGACAAAGUGAGGGAGGCGUUUGUAAAUUAUAACUUGGUAACCGGUUCAGAAGUUAGCGGCAUGGUAAAACCGGACAAAAAGCAUAAACCCCGAAGAAGAAAAGCGUCAUUGGAAUACCGAGUGACAAAGGACAACUUAAAAAUCAAAGUUAAAAAUACAGUCUUUGAAGGUGAAGAUAGCGAAGAAACAACUUUGAUCGCUCCAAACGAAGAUCAAACUAUUGAAAUUAUUUCAGCCGAGCUUGAUGGCUAUGAACUUGCACCUAAUGUUUAUUCCGAUGAAGAAAGUCUAACUUUCUUUGAAGAGCCAGAACUUGAUGACGACACGUUAUCCGACUUUGAAAAGGAAUUUCAUGUAGCCAACAAGCAGAUUGAACAGAUUAUCAAGUCUAUUGAUCAUAUAUUUGAAAAUGCGGUUGCGGAUAGUGAAGAGGAGAUUUGAUGGCCGGUGAUGGUGAUUUUGUUGUUUUUCAAUAUUUUACGACUAUUAAUUGAAGACUGUAUAUUUAUGUUAUUGUUGUUGUGACGCUGAAUAUACAUUUUUGAAAAUGUUAAA